AUGUCGGCGUUGAGACGAAUCAACAAAGAGAUGCAGGAAUUGCAGAAAAAUCCAAUUCCCGGCAUUACAGCCGCACCCGCCCCGCCCGGCACUAACCCUUUUGAAUGGGUGGGCAAUAUCGCGGGCCCUCCCGACUCCCCAUACGAGGGCGGGCUGUUUGUCGUGAGAAUCCAUUUCCCUAAUGAUUACCCUUUCAGUCCGCCCCGCAUUACAAUGCAAACCCGUAUACAUCACCCAAACAUCUCACCGGAUGGUCGCAUAUGUCUGGACACACUUUCUCGUAGGUGGAGCUCAGCCCUAACCAUAGGCCAAGUGUUGCUUUCCAUACAACAACUGAUGGGCGAACCCAACCCACACAACCCGUUGGCUAUACUCCCGGCUAAUCGACAACAGUUCAACCAAACAGCCAGACAAUGGACACAACUAUAUGCCCGACCCCCUCAACCUCACAAUCAAUCGACUCAGGGUAACCGCGAUAAUGGUGGUAAUGAUGGUAGUGGGGGUAGUGGUGGCACCGGUAGUCAAUAG